UCUGUGCCAGAGCGUGCAGUUAAUAGUGGUUAGUUUAGUUAGGUUAUGUUGUGAAAUGUCAAUGUAUUUUUUAUAAUUACUUUUAUUAAUUUAUUAGUUCAUUGGAUUUGCAUUUAGGUAGUAGCAAACUAAUAAUUGACAUGGAUCCAUACACUGGAAUUAAAAGACCUUACUUUGCUAUUUCGCCAUUAAAGAGGCCUCCUACGAAAAUAAACUUUAUGAUUGAUGCCAAAAAGCCACAUUUGGAAUCCUCAAAUUCAAACCCGCCAAAGCUUAGUAUUUUGGAAAGAAGACAAAUGCUCCCAGUGUAUAAAGUUAAACGAAAAUUACUAGAAGAAAUCGACAAACAUACCACAGUAAUAUUGAUUGGAGAGACAGGAAGUGGUAAAACAACACAAAUUCCUCAGUUUAUUCACGAUGUAGGACUCGAGGGAGAUAAACUCAUUGGAAUAACUCAGCCAAGAAGGGUAGCAGCAUUAACAAUUGCUCAGAGGGUAGCUGCUGAGACCAAUACUAAAUUAGGUACACUCGUUGGAUAUAGAGUCCGGUUUGAGGAUACCACAUCUCGUGAAACCAAGAUAAAGUUCCUCACAGAUGGCAUGCUGCUACGAGAAGCACUGAAGGAUGAAAACCUGACUGCGUACAAUGUGAUCGUCUUGGACGAAGCUCAUGAGCGAACCGUGCAGACAGAUGUACUGUUUGGGAUCGUAAAAAAAGCCCAACAAAAACGAACAGCUAUCGGCUUUCGCUCUUUGAAAGUUAUUGUAAUGUCCGCUACGAUGGAUGUGGACCACUUCAGCCAGUAUUGGAACAACGCUGUGGUGUUGUACUUGGAGGGCCGUACAUUUCCUGUGACCAUCCAUAACGCCCAGGAGCCUCAGGAGGACUACGCCUUCAGCUGUCUUGUCACAAUCUUUCAGAUCAACAAAACAGCUCCUAUCAGUGAAGACAUCCUAGUUUUCCUUACAGGACAGGAAGAAAUAGAAGCAUUAGCUUUGAGCAUCCGCACUAUUAUGAAGGACCCGUUGUUCAGUGGGCCGUUCAUGCGUGUACAGCCCCUGUACGCGUCACUGUCCACGGUCAAGCAGCUGGAUGUGUUCCGGUCCUUUAAUGACGCACGUAAAGUUAUACUGAGCACUAACAUCGCCGAGACGUCAGUCACAAUUACCGGUGUACGUUACGUCAUCGACAGUGGCAUGGUCAAGACAAGGUCUCAUGUGGCAGGCACAGGCAUGGACGUGCUUCGGGUACAGCGUAUCUCUCAAGCACAAGCGUGGCAGCGUGCUGGGCGUGCAGGAAGGGAGGCGGAGGGCGCAUGUUACCGGGUCUACACAGAAAAGGAAUAUGAGAAGAUGUUGAAGAACACAGUGCCAGAGAUCCAGCGGUGCAACCUGUCUUCAGUGGUCCUGCAUUUGACAGCCAUCAACAUCAACCCUUUGACCUUUGACUUUCUGGAUCGGCCGCCCACGGAGCUGAUGAAGGAAGCCAUGCACCACCUGGGUCAGCUGGGAGCUGUGGAGGACGAUCGACUGACACAGCUGGGGCGGCAUAUGGCACUGUUUCCUCUGGACCCUGCGUUCAGUAAGAUACUUCUCUCCGCCGCCAACUUCAAGUGCCUAGAUGAGAUGUUGAGUCUGAUAGCUGUGAUGUCCUCGGAAUGCGUGUUUGUCAGCGCUCCAAACAAACGGGAGGAAGCAAAGGUCAUAUGGGAAAAAUUCUAUUCUCCUUGCGGUGACCAUAUCACACUUCUCAACAUCUUCCGCAAUUACAGAAACGUCAAGGAGAAAAACAGAAAGAAAUGGUGUUUUGAGAACUUCAUGUCCGCUCGAAACCUGGAGUACGCAGAAGAGGUGCGGAGUCAGCUGAAAGGUGUGUGCGACCGUGUGGGACUGACUCCGUCGUCCUGUGACCAAAAACUUGACAUUGUGCGCAAGUGUCUCAUAACGGGCUUGUUUUCCAACAUCGCAGAGGUGCAGCGAGAGAAACACUACCUGACGGUUGCUACAAAACAGCAAGUCCACAUACACCCGUCAUCGACGUUGUGGGGAUCUCUACCGGACUGUGUAUUGUACACCGAGCUGGUGCAGACCGGGAAGUGUUACAUGCGCAAUGUGUCACGGAUCGAACCGGAGUGGCUACAAGAGGUGCUGCCAUCGUACGCUAAGCUGCACCCACUUCGCGUUCUCGAAUAGUGCCAACACGUUUGUUCUUGUAUCAUAUUGUACAGUCGUAGGGUAAAACGCAUUGUUUUGUAUUGGAUAUGGUUUUACAUUUGCUAUCGCAGGUUUGUAAAAUAUUACUCCAAGUCAGUGUUUAUCACUAUUUUAGACACUGAUAAUUGAAAUCAGUGUUUUCAAGCGUUUUGUGAUAGGAAUACGUAUUUUUGGAUUUAAAUGCUUGUUUUCCAAGUUGUAAUAUUUUAUAUACGCCUUAGGCGUACUCAAAAAAUGAUUGAACAGCAUAUUUAGCUAUUGGUAAAAACAGCAAACUUUGUAAGCAAUUGAUUAUUACUACUUCACUUCUGUUUACGAAACAAGAAAAACAUGAAAUCAUGUACACUCGGUUCGUGAAAUGUGUUUACUAUUUUUUAUACCAAAACUUGUUUUAUUAUUUAAAACUUUUAGGACAAUUUUAGAUUAAGUAUACAACAAAUUUUAAAGUGUUCCAUUUCAACUCAUGUUCUAUUUUUUCCUCAGACUAUACUUUUAGUCGAUUAAUACAUAUUCUUAAAUAUACAGACAAUAAAUUUUCAAAAUGUAUGAGAUCCAAAUAAUACAUUGAGUUAUGUACUUCUUCUUUUGCAAAGAUAUUACUUUUAUGU